CGAUGAACAGAUUGUAGGUCAGAGUUGGAAUAUUGCUGCGGACAAUACAGUGAAAUGUUCAGUCGUGACCAAUAUAAAUGCAGUAUUAGUGAAACCUGCGGUUACUGUCUAUCAAGAUAAGUCACUCCUACCCAAAAGAUGGAGGAAAAUUGAAUGUAAUGAGGAACUCAUUUUUGCAAUGGGUAUAACUGAACAGGACUUAAAGGAGAGAAGAGAAAAUCCUUUGAAAGAACAAACAAUUAAAAUCAAAGAAAUACAUUCAAAUGAAGAGUAUAUAAAUGAUCAUACAAGAGGUUGUCAGUAAGCAAGAUCAAGGGACUGA